CUGUGCGCCCAGUGACUGUCGGUAAUGUUCACAGGGGACUAAGAUCAAAGGCACUUUCUUAGAAGCACACUUCAGGCACUACACAACUCAACCUUGGACCCGUAAUGAAUCCUCUGAAUGUGCGGCGUGCGUUUGUCUAUGACAAGAUCAUCAACUGGUUCCCGGGACACAUGGCUAAGGGACUGCGGCUGAUCACCGAGAAACUGAAUGCCGUUCAAGUGAUCAUCGAAGUGCGCGAUGCAAGGAUCCCUCUAUCGUCCAUCAACCACAAGUUCGAGCCUAUUGCUCAGCGAAAGGACCGCCUUAUUGUCUACAACAAGGCUGAUCUAGCCCAUCCAGACACGGAAGCAGCCGUUACAAAGGCACUCAAGGAGUUCAAGGGACAGGAUGUUGUGUUCACAAACGCAAACGAGGAUGUGAAUAUCAAAGGGAUCAUGAAAUAUCUCGCCAAAAAGGCAAAGGUUUCAGGAACGGCGUCUGAGAAAGAACUGACGACCACAGUCAUGGUCGUCGGCAUGCCGAACGUUGGAAAAUCAUCCCUGAUCAAUUCUCUGAGGAGGAUAGGUGUCAGGAAGGGGAAAGCUGCACCGACGGGAGCCAUUCCAGGAAUCACCAGGACGGUCGCUGGCACAAUCAAAGUUUUGGAUUCGCCAAAGGUUUAUCUCAUCGACACACCCGGCGUUAUGAUCCCGCAUAUUGCAGAUCCCAUAUCGGCUAUCAAGGUCGCACUUACUGGCGCGAUCUCCGAUCAUCUCUCGGACGAGGAAGUUAUUGCAGAUUAUCUGCUCUUCCAGCUAAACCAGGCGCAGGACUAUAGAUAUGUAGAACUGUACAACAUCAAGGAACCAACGGACAACAUCCAAGAAUUCCUUCCGCAGGUCGCAAAGUACAUUGGCGCACUUAAAAAGGGUGGAGAAUACAACCUGACCAUGGCAGCCCAGUUCCUGGUCAAGCAGUAUCGGCUAGGCAAGUUGGGCAGGCACACCUUGGACGAUAUCGACCCCGCAUCACUGGAGGCAUUUCUGACCCGGGACAUCGAAGACUCUGUCAGUCGACGGCAGCAAAAGAAGGCCGAUAAGAUCGAAGACCGUAGACUGAGAAGGCUGGUUCAGCAACGGAAAGCAGAGGAGCGAGACCGGUCUGGUUCAGGGUCCAAGCUGUAGCUGCCCGGAAACACGCUCGAUUAAUAUAUUGUUGCAUUUUACGACUAUACCGACAUCCUUGUGUUGUAAGGGACCAAUCUUGAAAGUAUGCCUUCUGUUUAUUGACAGCGAUGAUGGAGCCACAUAGAUAUCUCAGAAACGAGGAGGAUCCGUAGGGAUGGAAGAAUUGAAUCAUUUUUGAAUCCCGCGCGCUACAGAUAGUUGCACGGGCAGCAUCAUCCCCCACACACCCCUCCUCCUCCUCCUCCAUCAUAUAAUUCGCUUGUUAAAGCAUCUCUUCAUAAAUAUUCCUUUUCUCUUCCU